GCCACACCCUGCUUAAGCUCCUAGCAGGCUCUGCUGUGCUGAAAUUUACACGCAGCUGUUGCGACGUGUGUAGAAACUGUGUCACCCUCUCCGUUAUAUUAGAGUAGGGGUGAAUGAGACAGACAUGAAUGGUGGUUUUUACUUUUUAAAUUUUAAGAUAUUUAGAAGUGAAUGAGCUGGGCUAAUACUCGGAAGCUAUGGAGCUGGAAAGAGUAAUCCUAGUGAGCCAGUGUUUUUCCUAUAUUCUUUCUGUGCUAGGAGGCUUACUGGUGGUCAUACCGCUGGCUCUGAAUGGGAGCCAUUUCAAAGGGAGAUGUCUGCUAUUUACACAGGGAUUCUGGAAGCAGGAAAAUGGGACAGGGGCUGAUGAGAUUAAUUCUAGCAUGGAAGAUUCCAUAGCAUCUCCCAGACUGGUGGUACAACAGUGGGGUCCAUUAGCUGCCUGCCAGUUUACCACCUUUGUGGCUGUCUUUACUGUGCUGUUUGGAGCCGUGCAAACCUGGAGGAGCCUGUUCUACCUACAUAAGGGGCAUGAUGACACAUUUUUCUCUGCCUUCCUCACUUUACUACUCAGCAUCUCUUUUUUUGUCCUCGCUGUUGUGGCCAGCAUGUUGGUGACUAUUGGUUUUCAGUCCUGGUGCAGGACUGUCACUGACCAAGGAGACUUGCUAAUAAGCCACAGUUGUGAAGAUGCUCAGUAUACCAACUUGCAGCUAGAUGUGGACACCUCAGCGUUUUACACACAGUUUGGAAUUGCACAGUUUGGCCUCUGGUGCAUCAGUGUACUGUGGAUUUCCCUAGCCAUCCUUUCAUUUCUGAAGGUUUAUCGAAAUUACAAGCAUCAGGAACUAGGGCAUUGUCUUGCCAGGGAAAAAGAAUUGCUGCUGGAUCGAUCAUGUCGAACUCGAGUCUCUUCACCACAGAAACAACAACAAGAAGAAGAACAGAGACGAGCUCCCAGUGUUUUUAUCUGAAAUGGCAUGCACCUCACAAAACAGCUCCUUUAAUGACUUCUGUGAAUCUUGUAUUACAAACUUUCUUUAAUGAUUCGAUAUCCACUUAAAUAAUUUAUUUUACAUAGCAACCUUUUAUUGUGACUCUCAUCCUAGGUUACCUUACAAGAACACAGCUGCACUACAGCGGUUUCUAUAUAAUUUUUUGUUUACAGUUUUAGCACAGGCAGGUAAGGUGACUCAGGGUCAUCAUGUAAAUCAAUGGCAGACGCUGAUCCAAUACCUUUGUGUACAUGACAAUGAAUGUGUUAUAGUAAAAUGUGCAAGGUGGUGACAAUUAUGGAAGUAUUUUCGUCUGCAGUAAUUGUUUGUACUAUUGUCCUCGCAAGGUGUUAGCAAACAAGCAUCACUACAUACUUUUUAAGCAGCUAUUUUAAACUGACUCAGUUAAUCUUCCUAGUCUUGGCAACUGCUUUAAUUGCACACAGAUCCUAAUCAUGAUAUAAAUAUAGUACUGUACUUUAAGUUCAUUAACUGGCAGUAAUUACAGUCUUAAUCAGACAAUUCUAUACAGGUGCCGGUCAUAAAAUUUAGAAUAUCAUGACAAAGUUGAUUUAUUUCAGUAAUUC